UCUCUCGCAAAGCCCUUCGCUGCUCGACCGACCAUCAUGAGCCUUCAGCCGGUGCAAGGCUUGCCGCUUGUUCCGGGGUCGUCCUUUCGGGACCCGACGAAAACUGCUUUUCAUCGCACCCAGACUCUAGAUUACAAGAAUGGUUUUGCCUUUAAGAAACUUCCAACUGUGGGGAUAGGUGGAAAUCGGCUUUAUGUAAAUCAGUUGUCUCAAGCUGAACUUGAUGAAUUAUCUAACAAGAGACCCACCUUAACUUAUGGUGAACCUAAACAAGCCCCACCUUCAGAUUUCAUCCCAGCACACGUGGCUUUUGACAAAAAGGUGCUCAAAUUUGAUGGAUACUUUCAGGAAGAUGUUCCUAUGUCUACAGAAGAACAUUUCCGCAUUCGUCAAGUGGGCAUUUAUUACUAUUUGGAAGAUGAUAGCAUGUCUGUCAUGGAGCCCAUUGUUGAAAACUCAGGGAUUCCUCAGGGCAAGUUCAUCAAAAGACAGCGCUUGCCCAAAAAUGAUCGUGGGGAUCAUUAUCAUUGGAAAGAUCUGAAUCGAGGAAUUAAUAUUACUAUCUAUGGCAAGACUUUCCGGGUAGUUGAUUGUGAUCGAUUCACCCAGACUUUUCUGGAAAGCCAAGGAAUUGAACUGAACCCUCCAGAGCGAAUGAUUUUUGAUCCUUAUAUAGAAUUACGUAAAAUGCCUCCACGUAUGUAUGUCACCCCCUCAGAUUUUGAUCAACUUAAGCAGUUUCUGGCAUUUGACAAAAAGGUUCUUCGUUUUUAUGCCAUAUGGGAUGACACUCGGAACAUGUUUGGUGAAAGCCGGAGAUUUAUUAUCCACUACUACCUGGCAGAUGACACAGUGGAAGUGCGGGAAGUUCAUGAACGAAAUGAUGGCAGAGAUCCUUUCCCAGUCCUGAUAAGACGCCAGCGCCUGCCCAGAACUUUUGUGGAGAAGAAAGAAAACUUUCCAACCUGUGUGCUGGAGAUUUCUGAUCAGGAGGUCUUAGAAUGGUUUACAGCUAAAGAUUUUGCAGUGGGCAAACCCACUACUCUACUUGGACGCACUUUUUUCAUCUAUGACUGUGAUGAGUUCACUCGACAAUUCUAUCAGGAUAAAUUUGGCAUCACUGACUUCCAGCCAGUUGAUGUAAAGAAGCCACUCCCAGAGGAAAUCAGACAGAUAAUUCCUCCCUAUAAUGGUUAUGGUUUCCUUGAAGACUCUCUUCAAAAUUGUUUCAGUUUGAUUCCACAACCUCCUAAGAAAAAUAUUAUUAAGAUGCUAGAGAAUGACCACAAAAUUUUGCGCUAUGCUGUUAGAAUGGAAUCCACAAACCCUGAUGACAGCAAGAGACAUUUUGUUCUCUCCUAUUGCCUCGCUACUGACAUGAUAAGCAUUUAUGAACCACCUAUGCGCAAUUCGGGAAUUAUUGGUGGCAAAUACCUAGGCAAAACCAGAAUCCCAAAACCAGGAUCCUCUACAGAUGAUCCUGUUUAUUAUGAACCUGCCGACUUAACCAUAGGUGCUAUGAUAGAAGUGUUUGGCCACAGGUUCAUUAUUGUGGAUGCCGAUAAUUAUGUGUUGAAUUAUAUGGAAAGCAAUUUGGAAAGCUUCCCAGCAUCUGUUGUGCAGUCUAUGAGGGAUCAUUUCGCACCUCGCAAGGCAGCAAUAGAGGAACUAAAGAGGUUAGCUUCCAAUGAGCCUGAUCCUCAGGAGCUAGCUGCAGUAUUGGAACAGAUUCAGGAACACAUGAGGCGGCAUAAUUAUCUGCCAGACAGCAGUAUGCAGGAAGCUUUCCUUCAGCAAGAUAAAAAUGGCUCAGGGCUUCUAAACAAAGCAGAGUUCUUUGCCCUUUGUGACCAUUUUAAAAUACCAACUGAUGAUCCAAUUUUCCAAAAGCUUAUUAAGAUGUGUUCUCAUGGAGAAAAUCAGAUAAGAUACCCUGAUUUCCUCAGAGCUUUCCAGUGUUGAUCAGUUCAAAACUAGCAGUUACCAGCUAUACAAGAUCAAUUUCUAUUAAAAAUGCUAAUUAUUGAAAGC